GAGAAGUCUACAGCCUGUGAGAGGAAAAAGACGACCCUGACGAAAUCGUCCUCUACACAAUCUCAGCAAGAUUGCCAAGCGAAGAUGAUUAACGAGGCGAACAACCAGUACCGUGGAUCCGAAGAUGUUGAUAGUAGAGGUGCUUUGAGAAACUGGCUCGCUGUCCGGUUUUUAUACCAACGACGGUCUGAGCCAUAG